UAUGGAAAAAAGCAGGACUAAGAAAUUCGUCUUUGGAGGAAGUGCAGUUGUGCUCCUUGGAUUCGGAUUAUACAGGUACAAACAAAACUCAAGAUAUGCUAAGAACAAGAAAAUAUUCAUGGAAGUUUUGAAGCGGUACGAAGUUGCGCUAGUCAAGAAGUUCAUCCAGGCCAGAGAGGCCAACAAAUUCAUCAAAGAAAACAACUAUGGAACAGGAAAUGGUAUGCAAGGAGGGCAGAAAGGUGAUCAAGUCGCAAACAAGCUAUUCGCCAAACAGAUGACUCUAACUGCCAAGAAAUGAUUGAUUAUUGCAUGUCAGGAUAAGAUGAGCAUCAAGAAAUUCAAGAAACUUCUUGAGAUCUAUGAGGAUACAGAACCAGUCCAGUCUUUCAAUAGUCAUAGGAAUUGUAUAAAUUUAUGCUUGAAGACCAACAGAGAUUUCAAAGCCUAUUUUGAGUUUCCUAAGGAGAUUACGGAGGACAAAUUGCUAGAGUAUUACCAAACUCUCAACGAUGUGUGUAAAUAUAUGAUCCCAGAAUUGGUAACCUCUAAGUUGAGUGAGCUAGAGCUGCAAGAGCAUUCAGAGAUAUCCCAAAAUAUAUUUAAAUCUUUGUACACGACAGAUCUAAAAUAUGCAGUUUAUCAAAAGAUUGGAUUCCCUAUAAUAGAUGAGGAAGGUGAAGAACCCAUGGUUAUAUGAAGACCUGCAACCCCAGUCUCUGUUAGUACAGCCCUGAUGCCUGAUCUUGAGGAAGAAGAUUUUGGAGAUUUCGAGUUAAACUUAGACAGAGCAUUCUGCGUCUACUCUACAAAAUACAAGGACUUUUAUGCUAAAAUUAUCGCUAUUCAGGCUGAUAUGAUCAAUUUCAUUAACAAAGAAAUCAAGAGACAGGUUAGAGAGUAUGAUCAGAGCACCAUUGACGUCACUGUUGACGAUAGAAACAUGCUAAGUACGAUUCUUUAG